AUGUCCCGGCCGCAAACUCCUGCAUCGGGCAUCUACGCUCCAGUCACUGAACUCGACCGAACUUCACAACCACCCUACCUGCAAUCGGGCUCUCGACCUGUAUCGUACACUGGCUCCGCUGCGCCCGGAGCGACCGGUCUCGAGAACGGCGCAGCAGGCGCUCCUCGUCCAGUCUCCGCCCUCUCACAAAAUGAGGGCUUCCACGACGACCUGGCGUCUGUGCCUGGUACCGAACGGUCCGGCUUGCAGCGGAGUGCCUCACAAUUGUCCAAGACCACACCGUCUCGCAGUGGUACGCUGAAGAAGAAGGCCUCGCUUCGUGGCAGUGCAUUGAACAGGAGUGGAAGCCGCAAGAGCAGUUACGCUGGCUCCGUGCGCAGCAUGAAGCUGGGCGAGAAGGAGAAGUACGAAACGGAAGAGAGCAAUAGCGCUUUCUAUUGUCCUAUUCCCACGUCCGGUAACCCCACAGAGCUUCUUGCGACCAGAUUUCAAGCCUGGCGAAAAGUGCUCAAGGAUUUAAUCAACUACUUCCGCGACCUGCACAAGUCCUACGAAGUCAGAGCGAAGACGUUGCUGUCAGCGUCCAACGUCAUCAACAACACCACGAUACCCUCCAACUUCUUGACAAGUGGCGGACUCGGCGAUGCCAACAUAAUACUAGGCGAUUUCCACAAGCAGGCCGCCGCUGAGUCGAACAAAGCUAGAGACCUCGAGAACGAAGUCAUCAUCCAGUUGACUGGUCUGCGAAGCGAUCUACAGCAGAAGAUCAAGGAGAUCAAAGGCCUCUCUGGCGACUUCAAGAACUCUGUCGACAAGGAGCAGGAUGUGACCAAACGAGCUGUGAAGGCCUAUCAGGAGGCACUGGGCCAGGUCGAUCACGAUGCUGGUGCGACAUCUGGGAAAGGCGAUCCGUAUAUCAUCAAAUUGGGUGUCGAGCGUCAGCUGAACAAGCAGAUCGAAGAGGAGAACUAUCUGCACCGCGCGUACCUGAACCUGGAAGCCUCUGGUCGUGAACUAGAGUCGAUUGUCGUUGGCGAGAUCCAGAAAGCAUACACCGUUCUAGCAGGAAUUAUGCGACGAGAGGCUGAUGCUUCGUACGACACAGCUGAGAAGCUUCGUGAGGGUCCGUUGACCAUCGCUAAGGACAUGGAGUGGGACACCUUCGUUACCAACAACAACCAAAUGGUUGAUCCUAGGAACCCUGUUCGCAACAUCGAGCACAUCACCUAUCCCGGCAAAGAUCACCCUGCUGCUCUAGAGGUCAGAAGUGGCAUGCUGGAGCGGAAGAGCAAGUAUCUCAAGAACUAUACUCCUGGAUGGUACAUCCUGUCUCCAACCCACCUACAUGAAUUCAAAUCUGCGGAUCGCUUGUCGACCCAGUCGCCUGUCAUGUCGCUAUACUUGCCCGAACAGAAGCUGGGUUCCCAAUCAGAGCCGGGUUCAUCAUCUCACAAGUUCAUGCUCAAGGGACGCCAGAGCGGUUCUAUGCAUCGCGGUCAUUCUUGGGUCUUCCGGGCUGAGACAUACGACACCAUGCAGGCGUGGUUUUCCGACCUGAAGGAGCUGACAGAAAAGACUGGAGAGGCACGCAACGACUUUGUCCGCCGCUCUCAUGCACGCACUUUCUCAGGCAGCAGCAUGAAGGCGCCCAGCAUCACAAGCUCGGCCGACGCCAUGGAAGAUGAUGAAGCUGACCGACAGGCAUUCGCUGGAGAACAAUCGAUUCGAGGCAAUUCAGUAGCAGAGGGCUUGGGUGCGGGACUCCUCGCAGAGGAUGCACGAUCUGAGGCAGGCUGGCGACCUCCGGCACAGCGACCGUCACCAGGUGGGCGCUUCCCAUCUGAUCUCAACGUGCAGCGAGGCUUACAAGCACCGGUUUCGCCGAGUAGUGAGGGCAAUCUCUCGGACCGCGAUCGAGACGCAAUAGCCAAUGCAGCUACCCUGCCAGGCAGUGCCAUUCCAUUCAGCAAUACUGAGGAGAGGCACCCUGAGCUUCCUCAGCCAGGUCCGAUCUCAGGUGCUCCAGCUGGACAGCACUACACUCCAGGUGUUCAUCCUAAUGUGGUCCCAACUUCAGUCGGCGCCAUCCCAGGCAAUCAAUCGCAAUACGGCGACUGGAUGGCUCCUAUUGCGGCAGGUGCAGGUGGUGCCGCCGUCGGUGCUGGUGUUGCACACCACUAUGCCGAAAAGAAUGACCGCCCCAUUGUCGAAAACAUCGAUAACGUCGAGCGCCAGAUGGAUGGCGCAAGUGCUGUCCCAGAGUACGGCACCUCGUCUGCCCCGAUCCCCGUCGUCACCGAAACCAGUGGCAUUAACACUGCAAGAUCGUCUGGUAAUGCAGGCGCAUCUAGCUUUGCCCCGACUGCGAGCUCGAACAACGAUCUGUCGACUGUCAGCACUCAGGACACGGCGCCCACGGAGUACAGCAGCAGCAGGCCAGCAUUCGGGAAGCAGCCUACAGCUAAGAGCGUGAGCACAAUCAGCGACCUGCACAUGCCGGGUGAGUUCCCACGACGGGCGUCGUGA